GCUCCAGAGGUGACCAGAUCAUCACUGAGGAGGACUCAGUGAUCACUACCUCUGUUAUUCUCUAAGACUGGACAGCUGAAGUCUCUGUGUCUGAACAUGUCUCUGUCAGGACGACCCAACACAGUCCGGCUUGUGUUCCUCGGGGCAGCUGGGGUCGGUAAGAGCGCGCUCAUACGACGUUUCCUCCACGACCACUUCGAGCACAAAUACACGCGCACCGUGGAGGAACUGCACGUGCUGGAGUACGACAUCGCUGGGUCUGGGAAGAUGCGCCUGGAGAUCCUGGACACGAGUGGAAGCUACUCCUUCCCGGCCAUGCGUGAGCUCUGCAUCCGACACAGUGACGCAUUCGCCCUCGUGUACGCCGUGGACGACCCAAGGUCACUCGAGGAGGUGAGACGGCUCCGUGACGAGAUCCUGGAGCUGCGGGGCUGCAAGGGCGCGCCAAUCACUGUAGUUGGAUGCAAGGCAGAUCUGACGGAGACCGAGGGUCGGGUGCUGCUGGCGGCUGAUGUCAUGGCCACGGUGGAGGGUGAGUGGGAUGCUGACUUCGUGGAGGCGUCUGCGCGCACAGGUGGAAACACGGUGGGAGUGUUUCGGGCGCUGCUGCAACAGGUGAAGGUGCCACACCGGCUGAGCCCCGUUGUGUGGAGGCGCAGAGACACGGAGCCCAGAGCACCAGUAAAGAGACCAGCACCCCUGAAGAAGAACCACAGCUGUAUCCUAUCAUAACACAUUCUUCAUGAUAACAGACUCUGCAGCUGGACUGCACGUGUUCAGGUGUUGCUGGUCAUACCUGAUGAGACCAGACGGAAGAGUUGAUAGGGUCAUAUGAACUUUAUUUUUUUGAACUGUCAUGGAGGACCUGAAAGAAAUGAGAAAUGGAAUCCUAGCUGAUCCCUAAGAGUUUUGGUUUUUCAUUUUUUUUGUGCAUUUUUUAAUCUUGUGUCAAUAAAAUGUUGUAAGAAAUGUU